AUGUCAUUCCAGAUUCACAUCAUCGCGGACAUCAAACCCACACAAACCGGACCCGAUCCACGUCCCACCACCGAGUCCUGGGAACAAUACAUGGCACGUUUAGGCCUCCCAUCCAACGCGAAACCGUUGGACUUUCCAGAUGAAGCGGCGAGGUACGAUACCAGUGUGACUGUUGCAGAGGAUUACGCUGCGCAUUUGAAGGAACGGAAGGAGAUGUUGAGGGAGAGGGCGGCGAGGGCGAGGGCUAGAGCGGAGAAGGAGAAGGAGAAGGAGGAGGAAAGGGAAAGGCUGGAGGCUGAGGCGGAAGAAGCGAGGGUGCGGAGGUAUGAGGAGGAGGAGGAGGAAGAAGAAGAAGGGGAUGCAGAUGCGGAAGGUGCGAGUAAAGGCAGUGGUGGUAUUGUCGCGAAUGAGGAGCGUGAUGAGGUGUCAAAGCGGCGGAAUGUCUUUGACCUCAUCUCCCGCCUCGCCACCCUCACCAACAGCGCCCUCGACGGCGUCGUCGCCUCCAUCUUCACCUACUACACGCAUCGCGCCGACAACACAGAAGUACAAGACCUCAACAGAACCAUGUCUUCACUUCAUGCAAAGAACCUAGAACUCCGCCACCAACUUCUACAAUCUCAAAUCCAAAACGGACAAACCAUCUCUGAGCUGAGGGCUGAAAAAAUGGAGUUGAGCCAGCAGGUUGGAGUUCUCCAGGCGCAGCUCCAAACACAAGAUUGGACAAGGAUUUCGGAGCUGAGAGAAGAGAUGGAAGGGUUAAGAGGGGAACUGAGGGAACGCGGUGUGAAGAUUAUGGGGCUGGAGGAAAAGUAUGACCGGCUUGCGAGAGAACGUCGCGGAAAGCUUUGGGGUGUGGUACGCGGCGGGCUGUGUGCGGGGAUGUAG